CAGCUGAGUGGGGGGAGUCUCUAUUUUCUUCUGCCCCCCCGCGGCCAGAGUCAGCACUGCACGCGAGCUGGCGGCCGGGCCAAGCAAGGUUAGUUAUUAACUUCGCCUUUCCAGUCACUUCUGGGGAACCGAGAGCCGGGCAGUCGCCGUGUCGAGGCAUGCUGCCGCCCGGCCCGCACAUCCUACCAUGGCUGACCGCGACCACAGCCCACCGGAGAGCGCUCUAGCCGCGGCCGACCACGUCACGGUCGUGUUUCACAAAGUUGCCAGUCAUGGCGAAAGCGGCGACGGCGGCGGCAGUGACGACGACGACCGCCGGUGCGGCGACACCGAGCCGGCAGAGGAGAGGACCCACUUGCGGGCGUGGCGUGAGCACGACGGGGAUGCUAAGGAGGAAGCGGCCGCUUCGACGUCGCCGGAGGGCGGCGAGAGGGAAUCGCUGUGCCCGCCGGCGGCGUGCGUCACCGGGAGGGCAGCAUCCACGGGCGAGAGCGCGAACCAAGGGAAGUCAAAGAAAUGUCCUGGUAUCGGUUUGUUCUACGCCUUCCUGUCCACAGUCUUCUUCUCCAUCAUCUCCCUCUUGGUGAAGACCAUCCAGGGCGUGCACGCCAUCGAGAUCAGCGGCAUCCGCUGCUUCUUCCAGAUGCUCUUCAUCGUGCCCUUGCUCAUUUAUCACAAGACGGGCUUCCUGGGUCCUCGGGAUAAGCGUCUGUACCUGAUGCUGCGGGGCUUCCUGGGCUCCAACGCCAUGAUCCUGCUUUUCUACGCCGUGCAGCAGAUGCCGCUGGCCGACGCCACCGUCAUCAUGUUCAGUAAUCCGGUCUUUACCUCGCUCCUGGCCUGGGUGUUCCUGAAGGAGAGGUGCACGAUCUGGGACUGCUUCUUCACUGUCUUCACCUUAACCGGCGUCAUCCUCAUCGCCCGGCCGCCGUUUCUCUUCGGGGAGCAUAUCCAGGGCAUCGAGGGCAACUACGCAAACCACAUCAAAGGGACCAUCGCGGCUUUCGCAGGAGCGAUCGGGGCGGCGUGCACCAUGGUCGUCCUGCGCAAGAUCGGGAAGAGCGUCCACUACUACCUGUCCGUGUGGUAUUACGCCGUCAUCGGCUUCAUCGAGUGCGUCAUCACGGUCAGCAUUUUGGGGGAGUGGAAGCUCCCCGCCUGCGGCCAAGACCGUUGGAUGCUGAUGCUGAUCGCCGUCCUGGGCAUCGCGGGCCAGACCUUCCUGACCAAAGCCCUCCAGGUGGAGAAGGCCGGCCCCGUGGCCCUGACCAGGACCGUGGACGUGGUGCUGGCCUUCUUCUUCCAGUUCAUCUUCCUGGGCCGCGCGCCCAGCUGGUGGAGCCUCGGCGGGGCGCUGUGCAUCGUGUUGAGCACCAGCGGCGUCGCCUUGAGGAAGUGGUACAGCAACUCGCGCAAGAGCUGAAAGCAGAUAGUUGGGCGUCGUCGCUAUUUAUUGAUCCUAUUCCCACGCACUACUGUUCUUGAUUGAUCCUGUACUUUAUUUGUCGUUGAACAGGCAAAUGAACACGGUUUGCAGUGGAGCCUCCAAAGUCGAGUCCAAACGCAAAAUUCAAACCAUUUCUAGUGAUUUUGACGUGGGGGUCCGCCGUUAACAUUGUAUCCAGAGCCAGUACAAGUGCUUGUAUUUGAGUAUUAGUACUGUACUAGUCAUGUGCUAUCGGUCCAUACAUUUUAGGAGUACUGAUACUGUCCCUCGGCAUCGCUGGUACUGGCACAGAACCAGAAACGGACUUGACUGCAAAGUAGGAUAGGGGCUAGCUGCUCGGAAUAACACGAAAACAACGCGAUGGAUUAAAUAUGCAACAGUUACCCAUCCAUCCGUUUUCUUCGCCGCUUAUCCUCACGAGGGUGGCGGGGAGCACGAGAGCCGAUCCCAGCUGUCAACAGGCAGGAGGCGGGGGCGCACCCCGAACCAGCCAAUCGCAGGGCACAGAGAGACGAGCAGUCGCACUCACAAUCACACCUAGGAAACUGGAGUGCCCGGAGAAAAGCCACGCAGGCGGGGCCGGGAUUGAACUGCGAGCCCACCGUGCAACAGUUUCAUUAAAUUCACCCUCUGUAGCUAUCAAACGUUAACUUCUUUUCUCCCGUCUUCGAAAGGUCAGUACUUUUACUGUAUUUUAGUUUGACGAUACAGUGGUCGGCGGCGCGGUGGAUCACCUGGUAAAGGCCUCACAGUUCUGAGGACCCCGGUUCGAUCCCGGCCCCACCUGUGUGGAGCUUGCAUGUUCUCCCCGUGACUGCGUGGAUUUUCUCCGGGCACUCCGGUUUCCCCCCACAUCCCAAAAACAUGCAACAUUAAUUGCACACUCUAAAUUGCCCCUAGAUAUGAUUAUGAGUGCGGCUGUUUGUUUCUCUAUGCCCUGCGAUUGGGGCCCCGUGACCCUUGUGAGGAUAAGCAGCAAAGAAAAUGGAGGGAUAUACAGUGGUCAACUGUGCAAUAGUUUAAAGGUAAUUUGAAAAACUGACUUUGGUGGUUCCACUGGACCGCGUUUGGCAAAUAAGAGCAGCAGAGAGGUAGAUUAGUUUUAGUUGAACAUUUUCUUGAUUUUUCUCGUGAAUGAUUUCGCUUUUGUGCACUAGCGAGGAAGACAGCCAACCGCUAAACCCCGCAUAUUACAUUUCCUAGUCAAUUUCGGUUCUUAACGUGCAAUACGAGGACGGCGCGAAAGUGUAAACACCCCCGCGGUGAAGCGCUUCGACCCAGGACAAUCUUAGUCGCCCUCUGCCCCAUUAAAAUAAAUAAAUAAAUAAUUUAGAUAAGCAAAACCAGCAUUACGACAAUUGACACUGUGACCAAAAAAAAAAAAAAAACAUAGAAUGAUGAUAAAACAUGUCUUUAAAAGGUCAGAGGUCACUUUUGGAUAAUCAACCCGGCGUGUUGAUGCACCAGCAAUGUUAGCACUUAAACGAGGGUUGGACUUUUCAACUCAGCAGCAACACACAAAAUUCACAUUGACAGAUAUUUUUAUGUCCAUCCCUACCUUAAAAAUAAUCUUCCCCCCCACCUCCAAGAAACUAUUAAGCCUCCCCCCUCCCGUUCUGUUACAUUUCUUGGUUUACGUGACGUAGGAUUCUCUCAGGGAUCACUUUAGUCAACUACUGGAAGAAUUAAUUUCAUCACGUCUUUUUUCCUCAUGCUUAAAAUGUAAAUAAGCAAUUUUCAAUGUGCCUUGACUGAAUUCCCCUUGUGGCAGCUUUCGGGGGGGGGGGCAAAAGGAUUGGGACACAUGGCCCAAGGAACUUGGGGAUCAUUUCGUCCCUUUAUUAUUAUUUAUUUUUUUCAGAAAUCAUCAAUAUAUGACCUGAGAGAGUGAUAAUCUUGUUUUGUUCCAGGUUCGCCUUUAUGGACCAUUCCUGAAGCCGAUUAAUUACGUAAGACCCGAUACAUUUGCCCUCUUAGUGUAUUUGCGCGUGGAAGGUUUGUAACGUUUGAAACGUUACUGACUUAAAUGCUGUAAAUAUACGAGUUUUUAUUUUUUGAAGAAGAAAACUAGCCCGCUAAUAAUGUACAUGAUUUCUGUAAAGCAUGAAAAACUUUGCGCCACUUUUUUUUUUUUUUAUGCUUCAAUUUAAUAGACACUGCUGCUCCUUUUUGGGGGGUGUGUACUUUCUCUACCCGAGGGCAGUGUAGUGCAGAGUCACUAUGGCUGCACGUGGAGACUCACCUCGUCAGUAUGUCGCAGUAACAUUUUUUUUUUAAUUGCCGAGGAUAAAGAAAAUAUCCCUGUGAAUAUUAUCUCUACAUGUAUUGCUCCACCGUUUGUGUUCAAACCUACAUGGCGUUCUAAUACGACACGAAUGCUAUUGGCCCGUCUAUGAUAUUUUGCAUUUUUUUUUUUAGCAUUGGGCUAGCAGGCUGACGCGUUUUUAAAACUCAGCUCAAAUUAGCAUCUUCAGACGUCCACAGGUUGUUACGGUCUGAGCGAUCCCCGUGCUGAAAAGU